UGCUGUCUCUUUAAUGAAAAAGUUCAACGUCCAACAAAAGUCUGUCGGGCAGCAAAAUGGACCUGAGGGAGCUGACUGUGAACGCGUUGGCCCAGAAUAAGAGAGCCGCUCUCCUCCUGAUCGGCGGAGCUGGCGUUGCUGUUCUGGGAUUUGGUCUCGGAUAUAAAUACCUGCGAAAGCCAGAAAAAGUUGUGCGUGUGGGCGUCGUGUCGCAGCUCCUCAUUCACCCUCUGAAGUCUGGCAGAGCAGUGUCUGUGGCUCUCGCAGAAUGCCAGGAAAUGGGUCUGAAGUUUGGAGAGCUGCAGGAUCGCUGCAGAGUGUUUGGAGCUGACAUUCAGGGACGGGACUGCGGCGACGAAGCGUCUUGCUGGCUCACUCAUUAUCUGGGGGCAGAGAAAACCUUUCGCUUGGUGCACUUUGAACCCCAGAUGAAGGCAAGGAGGCCAGUGGAGAGCGAGCCUCUAUUUCCACAAUACGACCAGGUGGCCUACCCAGAUGUUGGACCUGUGAUGCUGCUGUCUGAGUCCUCCGUCAAGGAUCUCAGCAGCAAGUUGGAGAACGAUGUCACGGUGGAGCGUUUCCGCCCAAACAUCGUCAUUAGUGACUGUGAAGCAUUCGAGGAGGAUUCAUGGGAAGAGAUCCAGAUUGGCAGCGUGAGACUGCAGCGUGUAAUGUCAUGUGGACGCUGCGUUUUCACUACAGUUGACCCUGAAACGGGUGUAAUCACCAGAAAGGAGCCUCUGGAAACACUGAAAAGCUAUCGUCUGUGCAAACCAUCCGAGAAGCACAUCUAUAAAUCGUCUCCACUGUUUGGACAGCUGCACACUGUGAAGAAGACGGGCAUCCUGCAGGUCGGCGACGUGGUGUACAAGAUCAGCCGUUGAUUGAAGGAGUCAGAGAAGGAAAAACAUACCGAGAAACAUUUCGUUACUUUUUUUGAAGGGGAAAGAAAUCUUUGUUAUCACUGUAUAAUCACUGUAUCAGUCCACACUAAAGAAAGCAUUGAGUGAUUAACAGAGAGACCAAUCCACUGAGAUAACAUACAGUUCACAAUAUAACAUUUUUUCUAGUGCAUUGUAUUAAUUGUCAUGUCAUUGGGCUACGUCUACGUCAGAUGGGCUGUUGUGUAACACUAAUGGUGCUGGAAUUAAACACAUUUCUAACAACUGCGCAUUGAAUUCACUGGUAUUUAAAUCCUGAACGCACAUGCUGCUAUUAAAGAGAUCAA